AUGGAGGAGGAGUACCGCGUUACCAACAAGAAGGCCGAGGAGAUCGCGGCUGAGUGGGGCUUCUCCAACGUGAAGUCUGCGGAGCUGAUGCUGAGGAAGAGGAUGAAGUACCAGAAGCUCGCGCGGGAGAAGGAGAAACGGGAGACUCUGCUCGACCCCGAGCAUCGUCUUGCUCGCUUCAAGGUUCCUUGCCGUGAUCGCUUCCUCGAACACAGCCCACAGCUCGUCGCUCAAGAGGCAGGAGCGGCGAGGGGACGACGAAGCUCUUCCAAUGGUUCCAGUGCACGAGGCGACGCUCGCAAGCCCGCAACCUUCUCCAACCAGACCCGCGAGUCAUGAUGCCAUCCCAGCUAGGCCUCACCAGAGGCAUGUUCGCUCAAGGAUCGCACAGGUUCCUCGCGCGUCCCUUGCUAGCUUGCAGUUUGACACGUCAAGGUCGUCAGACGGCAUCAACCAGUUGAUGGAGUUUCAGACGGAGCAGCUCAACAACAAGCUUGUCCGAGGAGCUCGUCUCAACAACACUGCUGCUCGUUCAGGGAGCUCGGGCAGCUCGGGCAGCUCAAAGAAGAGCGAGCCACAUCGCUCUAUUCCCCAGCUGAGGGUGAACAACUUCUUCUUGUAGCAUAGCGGGAGUGACAACCCCUCGAUGUAUGAUAGCGCAUGUACAUACAAGGUAGAACCGUC